UAUGGAUUAUGGCUGUCAUGUGUCAAUUGUCAAAUUAUAGCAUUUUAUGCAUUGUUGUCUACUUAUUUCUUAUUUUGGUAAUUUGUUAUUAGAUGUUACCUUUUUGGUGUUAUUGGCUAACAUCUACUAUUCAUCGUACCAACUAGGGGCGGCUAAAAUGGCUACGCCUAAUAAAUUGCCUGGCACUGGGCUUGAAGACGUCGGCGUCCCAGGACAGACUUUUCUUAGAGAUGCACUCACGAGUUGCACCGAUCCACUGAAGGCUAUUGAAGAAUUUCAACUAGAAAAUGGUAUUUUACUGCCAUCCUUACGUCCUAUGCUACCAUUGUUGGAUUUACAUGGAGUCCGUAGAUUAGAUUUCCAUACUUCAGUUUUAGAAGAACUGAGAGACAAAUUAAUAGAUCACAUAAAUACUCUAGGAAAAGUUCACCACAAAGAGAAAGAUGGUCAUAAGGACGGUCAUAAAGAUAGUCACAAAGAAAGUCACAAAGAGAGUCAUAAAGAAAGUAGUAAAGAUAAAGAGAAAGAAAUCAAAAUAAAUGAUAAAAAGUUAAAAGAGCUUCUUGCAAAAAGUUUUCCAGUUGUUAAGGUUAAAGCUUUAAGACCAGUAAUAAUGGGUAUUUUAAAAAAUAUACCACAAAUUGAUGAUAAAUACUUGAAAAUACUUGUUCGUGACCGUGAACUAUAUAAUGACACAGAUACUGAAGUCAAAAGGCAAAUUUGGCAGGAUAAUCAAUCUUUAUUUGGUGAUGAAGUUUCACCACUCCUUAGCCAGUAUAUACGAGAAAAAGAAAAUAUUUUAUAUGAUCAUGAAACUAUGGGUAACUUGUUCUUUUCGUCUUCACCUAAAUUAAGAAGACAGGGUGCCUUGGUUCAAAAACUAGCUCAUAUGGUUGGUACUAGUGUGAAGCUUUAUGAUAUGGUUUUACAAUUUUUGAGGACACUGUUUCUCCGGACUAAAAACAUACAUUAUUGUACAUUGAGGGCUGAACUUCUUAUGACAUUACAUGACGAUGAAGUACAUCCUAUUAUAUCAGUGGACCCCUGCCAUAAGUUUACUUGGUGCUUGGACGCAUGUAUCAGGGAGAGAAAUGUUGACAUAAAAAGGUCCAGAGAACUACAAGGUUUCUUAGAUGGAGUCAAAAAAGGGACAGAACAAGUAUUGGGUGACCUAUCAAUGACCCUUUGUGAUCCUUAUGCGGUCAACUUUUUAGCAACUUCAGCUAUUAAAAUUUUACACCAUCUUAUAAAUAUGGAAGGAUUACCCAGGGAUAACACAAUUCUAAUACUGUUGUUAAGAAUGUUAGCACUAGGUUUAGGUUCUUGGGAUAUAAUCAAUACACAACAAUUUAAAGAACCCAAGCUAGAUAGCCAAGUUGUUACAAAAUAUCUGCCAGCAUUGAUGUCUUUAAUGGUUGAUGAUCAAGUACGAGCUUUACAUAACAAACUCCCUCCUGAUGAGCGUGAGUCUGCUAUCACAACCAUUGAACAUUCAGGCCCACCACCAGAUGCUUGUGAAGCUUAUAUGAGGGAAAGUGCAGUUUGCAGUGUACUAGCAAUGUAUUACACCCUGCAUGCUGCUAAAACUAAAGAUAGGGGUGCAUUACUUAGAAUACUUACUAUACUUGGCAGUUGUAAAAAUGGAUUGGCAUAUUCUGAUCCCUUUUUACAUGCCUUGGUUGCAUUAUUGAUACAAUUACCUGAUGAAUUCCAAGGAGAGGACUUCAGCACAGUAUUGUUUGAUGAAUUCUUUUUUGCUGGCCUGUCGAGAGACAAUGUUACAAGGCACCUGUUAAAAUUGAUUUGGUAUAUUCAUCCUAAACUACCAGAAACUAGGAUUCACACACUGAUGAAAGCUUUGCAGCCAGGGGCACAGCACAAUGAAGCGGUACAUAAGGUAUAUGAAGCUUUGCAACAAAAAUUACAUGCGCAAGUGGAUCCAGCGCCAAGUGCUAGAGAUAUGGACUAUUUAGACUCACCCCUAAUGAGUGUACCUAUGCCUAGCCCAUCUCCUUAUCAUAUGUAAUAUUGAAAAAAUAAAUGUAAUUUAUGGU